CUGCCCUCGCCUAAUUAUUGGGCAGGCUUGUGACCCUCGACGGGCUGCUUGAUCCACGAAUACUUUUUGUUUUCACCAUGGAAAUGUUGGAAUGGGUUGGGUCUGAAAGAGAUCGAAGUUUGGACAUCAAUGAAAAACCCAAGAGAAAACAAUGUUUUGGGCUGAGCUGAAAAGACCAAUAACCAUAGAACCCGAACUCCUCCACCAGACCUGCAAGACGAAGAUCGCCGCGCCGCAUAUAAGCUCAAAACCCUAAAAAAAUCAGACCAGGAAGAGAAACAUAGAAAGGGUCCGUUUGAGUUGCAGAAGACAGAACAAAGCUGUCACCUAUCUUGUCCAGACAACCUUAAUUAACGAAGAUGCCAAAGUCCAAGCGUAACAAAAUAGUUUCAUUAUCGAAGACAAAGAAGAAGGGAAGGGAACAUAAAGAAUCAAUAGUGAAUGCUAUAAGGGAAGCUACGGAGAAUUACAAUUCUAUCUAUGUUUUCUCUUUUGAAAACAUGAGGAAUCUUAAAUUCAAGGAGUUCAGAGAGCAGCUCAAACCCACCAGCAGAUUCUUCCUUGGUUCAAAUAAAGUGAUGCAAGUUGCUCUAGGUCGUUCUGCUUCUGAUGAGAUUAAACCAGGUCUUUACAAAGUUUCCAAGCUUCUGCGUGGGGAUACUGGACUGUUUCUUACCAACAUGGCAAGAGAAGAAGUGGAGAGCUUGUUUAAUAAAUUUGAAGAAACCGACUUUGCAAGGACAGGAAGCAUUGCAACUGAAAAGGUGGAACUUUUAGAAGGUCCUUUGGAUCAGCUCACGCAUGAGAUGGAGCCCUUUUUGCGCAAGCAAGGCAUGCCUGUUCGGUUGAACAAAGGUGUUGUAGAACUUGUUUCAGACUUUGUUGUCUGCGAGGAGGGAAAGCCUUUGUCACCUGAGUCAGCUCGGAUACUGCGCUUGCUGGGGAUCAAAAUGGCUACUUUCCGACUACACUUGAUCUGCAGAUGGAGCCCUGAGGACUUCGAACUUUAUAGAGAAGCACUAGAUGAAUCAGAUGUUGAAUCUGUGUAGAUUAUGAUUUCAGAUCGAUAAAAAGGGUCAUUCGAAUUAGAGGUCUUUGAUAUCCACCUUGGUUGUUAUGGAGGACAAUAUGUGCUAUAACAAAGUAAUGCAGCAGCAGCAGCUGUGUAGCCCUAUAGGUGGUUUCUCAGUUUUGUCUAGAAGUCUGGCUAGUUAAGUCCGUGUUAUUCAUUGACUGGUUUUAUCCUGCAAUCUUUUGCGAUAGAUUUUGAUCUUUUUUUUUUUCUUUUCAUAUAAUUGCAUCAAGUGCUUUUCUCUGUAAAAUCUUCUGUUGUAGUAUUAAAUCUACAUCUGAGUUGCAGGAUAUUUAAAAUUGCAUGCACUGGGAAUUAUUAUGCUACAAUAUAU